AUGGAGCCGCCGGAGGGCGGCGAGCCGGGGGGCCCCGCCGAGAUGCGCAAGAACUACCCGCUGCGCAAGCGGCUGCGCAGCCCCAGCAAGCCCAAGGCCUGCAAGGUGCUGCUGACCCGCCUGGAGCACGAGGCCCCGGACUGGGCCGGAGACCAGCCCCCGACGCCCCCCGGCUCGCCCCCCGGCCCGCCCCCGAGACCCCGCAAGCGCCGCCUGGCCUCCCUGAACGCCGAAGCCCUCAACAACCUGCUGCUGGAGCGCGAGGACGGCGGGCCGGCCGGCGUGGCGGCGGGCCCCGUCCCGUCGCCCGCCCCCGACGCCGCUUCUCCCGCCUCCGCCGCCCGGCGCUGCCGGCGCCGCGAGGCCAAGCCGGCCAGGCCCAAGCCCGGAGUCGUCGGGGCCGGGGCCGGGGCCGGGCCGGGGGCUUCCCCGGAGAAGCCGGGCCCCAAGGCGAGGAGCCGAGCCCGGGUGGAUGGGGUCCCCGCCCCCGAAGAGCCCCCCGAGGACGGGGCCCGCCCCGAGGGGGGCGACCCGGCCCCCAAGAGACUGGCCAGCCUCAACGCGGCCGCCUUCCUCAAGCUGAGCCAGGAGCGGGAGCUGCCCCUGCGGACCCCGAGGGACCCCCCCGGCCCCCAAGUGGCCCAGGGCCCCCCCCGCGGAAGGGCUGCUUCAAGCUGCGGCCCGACCCCGGCCCCGGCGAGGCCCCCGGCGGGCAGGGACCCCCCCGGAGGCCCGCGGCGGCCCGCGGCGCCCCCGUCCCCCGCCGCCCGGCUGCUGGGCGCGGCCGACCCGCCGCCGGGCCUGGAGUCGCUGAGCCCCGCCGUCCCGGGCCCCGGGCCGCUGUGCCACCGCCUGCCCCUGCUCAUGGGGGGCCAGGCGGCCAUGAAACCCGAAUACGGGCGGCCCGGAGAGAAGUCGCCCACGCCCAAGCAGGAGCCGCACCAGCCGUCCUUCCCCGUGCCCCAGCUGGCCCCCCUGCCCGUGCCCGGACACCACGCCGACUGCGGCUGCCAGUGCCAGGGCCCCCAGCUCACGGCGCUGGGCGGCUUCUACGUGUACUACGGCCAGGCCGGCCUGCAGUACGGGGGCGGCCCCGGGGGCUACUCGCCCUGCCCCAGUGUUCCCGACAGCCAGCUGGCCCCGGCCUGCGAGGGCCUGCUCGUGGCUCCCGGCUCCGUGCCCUCGGCCGCCCCUUUCCAGUCACCGCCCUGGUGCCCCACGCGCUACCGGUGCGGGGAGGGGCCCGGCGUCAACAGCUACAGCCGGCUCUGCGGGGUCCUGCCCCUCGCCCGCCUCGGAGGGCUCCCCGGGGCCCGGGGCGGCUGCCCCUACAAGAUGCCUUUUGCAGCAGAAGGCUGCAGGUCUCUGGACCAGCUGGACCUCACGCUCCCCGUGGCCGGCCACCCGGCCUCGCCCGCCCACCCCCUCUCAGGAUGCCCCGUGCCCAGCGUGCCCCCCGCGGCCGAGCCCGUCCCCCACCUGCAGACGCCCAACUCGGAGCCGCAGACGAUGGCCCGGGAGUGCCCGCAGAGCGCCAAGCCCCCGAGCGGUUCCAAAUCGGGCCUGCGCCCGGCGCCCGGUUGCCUACACCCAUCCGACAGCAAGGCGGCCAGCGGGCACGGACACCCCAAGCAGCAGCGCAUCCAGCGCCGCCGGGCCACCAAUGGCUGGAUGCCCGUGGGCACCGCCUGCGAGAAGGCCGUGUACGUCGUGAAUGAGCCCGAGCCGGCCGUGCGGAAGAGCUACCAGGCCGUGGAGCGGGAAGGCGAGAUGAUCCGCGUCCGCGACACCGUCCUGCUCAAGUCGGGCCCCCGCAAGAAGUCCAUGCCCUACGUGGCCAAGAUCUCCGCCCUCUGGGAGGACCCCAAAACAGGAGAGCUGAUGAUGAGUCUCCUGUGGUAUUACAGACCAGAGCACACUCAGGGAGGCCGCAAUCCCAGCAUGCACCAGAAUGAGAUCUUCGCGUCCCGGCACCAGGAUGAGAACAGCGUGGCCUGCAUCGAGGAGAAGUGCUACGUCCUGACCUUUGCAGAGUACUGCAGAUUCUGUGCCUUGGCCAAGCGCCGGGGCGAAGGGCUUCCGGGCCGCCGCGCAGCGCUGGUGCCGCCGUCGGCGGAGUACUCCACCCCGCCCCACCGCACGGUGCCCGAGGACACGGACCCCGACCUCGUGUUCCUCUGCCGCCACGUGUACGACUUCCGGCACGGCCGCAUCCUCAAGAACCCACAGUAGGGGCCUCUCCCCGUCCCGCUCAGCGGGGCGCCGCGGGGCCGGCAGCGGGUGGCCCCGAGGCGGCGGUGGGGGCAGCGCAAAGCACAGCACUUGGU